AUGGUACGCCGCUUCGCCCAUACUAUGUGCUUGCUUGUUCCUCUUACUUUUGUGAUUUCAGAAGCAAUUUCGUCGGAUCCCAAUGAGGCAUACGUUCGGCUUAACAUCGGCGGAAAGUCGUUCUGUGUCCGAAAGGAGCUGUACACCGAAGAACGCACACUAAUGCACGAUAUUGUUGAAUCAUCUCAUGAACAGAGGUUGUUGAUGGUGGACGGUUGCGAUCCAAAUACGGGUGAAUAUUAUUUGGAACGAAAUUCCAGGCUAGCUGACCAUAUCCUGGAUUUCUUCGCUACAGGGAGCUUGCAUCGUCCACAGAACAUGUGUGUGGAGAAAUUCAAGGAGGAACUGGCAUUUUGGCGGAUUAGUCAUGAUCAGGUGAGUUAA